UGCGCUGGUGCGAUCCUUCCCUGGACAAGAGCCGACUUUAGAGCAUAUCAAAUGUAAAAAUGUCUGGGUCUGGAAGAUCGUGACACUUGUCAUGCACGUUUUGCGUGAGCCCUGAUGUCUGUGAUGCAUGCCCUAGCAUCACAGAUUUUUCGAGAGCUUCUUGAUGCCUAUUCCGCAUGACAGAUGCCGUCUCCGCGUAGCAAAAAUUACAUUCCUUUUGGUACUCAUGCAAUACAGAUUUUUCUGGAAUCCAAAUGCAGCAUCACAAGUUGCAUUCUUUCAGACCCAGACAUUUUUUCAUUUGAUAGAGCAGCUGUGGAAGCAACCGCGUCUGUUUCGACAAAGCAGCGGCGACAGCACUUCCUAUCGCAAGAAAAAACUGCUUCACUGCGAACUUGUGAUGCAGAAAAUGGAGCACAGAACUAUUUGUCUUGCUACACCUGCAAGACAUUGGAUUUGCAAGCGUGGUUUUCCUUGGGGAACGCGCAUGGCAAAUUUUCUGUGUCAUGUGUAGCAAACUUGUGAUGCGGUUCGUGCAAGAUCAUCACAGUGAAACAGUUUCUUCGUGGGAUACUUCCUCGGGAUCAUCUAGUCGCUCCAGCUCCUCGCAGCCCGCGGUCGGUAUUCACAAUCCCUCGAACCUGUGCUGGAUGAUCAGUCUGUCGCAGAGUUUGCUCUACAUUCCCUCUGUGUACGAGAUGGCCGAGGCGGAGUGCGCGCAGCGAGAGCAGGAGCUGCGAGGACUGAGCGCGAGUUCCGGUAGUAAUUUUCAGCAACGUACCCCGGAAGAUAACGAGAAACUCAGACAAUGGUGCCCCUUUUUCCGUGCCGUCGCUGGGUCGGGCGGUCGAGGACAGAGCAACAACAAUUUGUCAAUUUACAACCGACAGCAAGGAGUAGAAGCGCUUCUAUAUUAUGUCAUGCGGAAGGCGAAUUGGCACGAACUUAGGGGCAGGCAUGAUUGGAACCAACAGGACCCGACGGAGGGGAUGAACAAACUGGUCGAUUAUGUGCUACCUGAGCAUUUCCAAAACCUCUUCAAAGUCGAAAUCAAGGAGGAAUUCUUCGCGAUUGACCAGCAAGAGAACCCGAUUCCGGGCCAGAGCAAGGAAAAGAAAGACGACGCCGGCAAUGCGUGGUGGCCUCACUCCCAAUUGAUGUUUGAGUACAACGAGCAAAAACACACUGACAUUCUCGGAGCUCUGCGAAACGCCCACUUCGACCCUGAUAAGGGAGAUAGCAGCAUAUACUCCCACGACUAUCAAAUUGAAGCAAACAUUGGAAUCAAGCAGGCGACAAAGUUUGCAUACAGAGCUCAGACAUACGUCGUAAAUGUGCUCUCAACUGCUCUUCCAGCGGGGGCUCCCGCUCCUGCCCCCGACUGCAUGGCCAUUGACUGCGCAAGAACAAGUCGUGUUGACCCAAUCAAUAUAGUUGCUGCUUGAUUCUCAAUUUUGCCCCGAUAGUGCAAUGGAACCCCACGACCCUCGGCCGGCCUGGUUGGAGGGUAUGGAAAUGCGGACGAAGCAGGUACCGGCGGAAGUUCGGACAAUCACAGAUAGCCACGGACGAACGCGAACGAUUCGGAAGAUCAUGUAUGGCCUCCAUCGCAAAGCCCACCUCCGGAGACUGCCGGAAAUUUUGCGGCUCGAAGUGAAACGCUUUGCAUACGAGAUGGACGGAAGCAUCAGGAAAAAGAAGCAUUAUCUAGAUGUUCCUAGGCUUUUCUACAUCGACGGGGAAGCGAGACGGAAUGGUCCAAGUGGCGUCCACACGGAGUUUGAACGUGCGCGCUUGCGCAAUCCGGAAAGCCAAGAGGACACACACAAAUACACUGAGUGGGCAAGGCAAACUCAGGGACGGGGCAUGGACCCUGUGUCGCAGGCGUACGAACUCCAUGCGGUGAUUUUGCACCACGGCCACACCGCGAAUUCCGGCCAUUACACAGCCGUGGUGAACGUCGGCACUCAGAGAGAUCCGCAGUGGCGACACUUCGACGACGACAAGAGCGUGAGGGCCGUCCCCAACAUAUCACGAGAAAAAAGUGUUACAGUUACACACUUGCUGGAGUUUCUGCGUCACAAAUUUUCUCUGUGUGGCAGAGAAGACUUGUAAUACGAAGAUCAUAAGGAAAAACAGGAAGGAAACGAGGCUCCGAAGCAUUUCCUGCAUGGGAAAGGUUGUCUCUUUUGCCAGUCUUGCGUGACAAUGUGUAACUGUAACACUUUUUUCUUGCGAUACAACAGCGGUUUUGACCAGUAUUUGAAAGACCAAAGCACGCAGAGGGACAGCACCGUCUACAUGCUCCUCUACAAGAAGCCCAACGCGCAGAAUGAGCAGAAAACUCGGGAAGGCAGAGCUGCGGAGCUGAAAAGUGUGCUGGAGCAGAAGGUCAAUUCGAGGAAGACGGAGUUCGGGACUAUUGCAAGCAAGGUCCUGGCAUACAAAACUUUUCUCGACGGGGUCGUGACGCCGCAACUGAGUGCCGAGGCCCUCGCAAAAGAGGAAGAUCAAGUGAAAAGGAUGGAAAAGCUCACGAAGGUACUGCCAGGAUUGCUAAAAUUGGAAAGUGCUGCGGAAGUCAUCGCAAAUUAUUUGACCGAAGACAUUCGCGGAGCCCAAACCGGUUUCACCACACAAGAGGUGCAGGCUGCUUUGCAGGACUACAACCUGAUCGAUGCAGCAUACGAAAAUGGCCGGCAGGUCGCGCGGGAGAGACUGGACAGUCUUCGGCAACUUAUUGCGCAGCUGAUCCCGCAAGUCCGGGAGAAGAUAGAUAGGGAAAAGAGCGGCUUUGAUGAGCAGAAAAACACGGUCGAAGAGGAGGUCCGCGACUUCAAAAACCGGAAAUGGCAGAUUGCCACUUUGAUAGAAACUGUGGAAGCCCGCAUGUCGGAGGUCAAGCGGCAAGGGAAUCGGCGGGCGACAACAGCGAGAAGAGCCAGCAGUACCGCAAUGGACGUCGACGAGGAAGGUGCCGCAAUGGACGUCGACGGCGGACGUCCCCAGAUCUCCGGCCAGUUCGCCAACCACGCAGAAAUCGGGCCGAAAACGAUUGAACUGGGCGAAAAGAGGAACGAGUUGCGCCAGGUGGUGGCGAAACAGCAAAUUUUGGGCCAGCAGAGAACCGCCGCGAACUUGCUGACCGAGACCUGUUCCAAUCUGUCAAAGGCACUCGCGGAGCGCAAGGCGGAGAACGAACGGCGGCAGCGCGAGGACUUGGACGGAAACGGCGCCGGGGGUUCGUCCGGUAUGGAUUGCAAAAAUGUCUGGAUCUGGAUUGUAGUGCUAUCUUUGGAUUCCAAAAAAAUCUGUAUUGAAUGACCAGCAACAGGACUCUAUUUUGUGUUACGCGGAGAGGGCAUUUCUCAUGCGGAAUAAGCAUUAGGAAGCCCGCUAAAAAUCUGCGUUGCUAGAUCAUGCAUUAGAGGCAUCAAUCAUCAUACAAAAUAUGCAUGACAAGUCUGCAUUCUUCCAGACCCAGACAUUUUUGCAUUUGAUAUCCGGCGCCGAGCAACAACAGUCCGCAUCGCUCUCUCACUUUGCCGCCGCGCUGUCGGAGCGCAUUUUGAGGAUGUUCGCCAACGUGACCAAAUCCUUCUUGAUUGAGCACCGGGGCCACGCGGGGACGCGGGAGGGUUUUCAGAAAAAACUCCAGAACCGGCUUACAAGGUCGGAAUCCUACCGAACUGGUGCGAACGUGGACCAGAAACUGCCCAGCGACAUCGUCAUUCCGAACCACGAGCAACGGCUGAUGAUGAAGUUGCUUACCCACAACGCAGGUCAGAACCGCAACGAGGACGUGACGAUAGGUGUGAACAAAGAGCAGCUGCACAGUCUGUUCACCGUGGGGCAGUGGGAGAAGAUCGUUCGCCGGGUGUUCGCGUAUCUAGAGCAGAAGAAAGAAGUCAUGGUCGACCUGCAGGACAUCCAGAAGCUGAACCGCAGACUGGGACAGUACCUAGUGCGGGAGAUCAAGUGGCAGAAGGGCAGCGAGUAUCAAAUUGCAAAUAUUUUUGAUCUGGGUCUGGAAACUUGUGACUCAUCCGGAGGGAUAAUCACGUCGACGCCAUAUUAUUUGCCGGCUAAGCAUGACAAGAAGUUUUUGAGUUGCUAGAUGUUCUUGCCAAUUCACCACUGCGAACCGCAUUUCUACUCCGGCACAAAGAUGGGGCUUUAUCUGGGUGAUUUGUUUGAAAUACUUCUUAGGAGUCAUGCCAGACAAAGGUGACAAAUCUUGCAUUUGCCAGACCACCCAGGCUAAUUUGCAAUGCAUAGCGAGUACGGACUGGAGGAAUGCUUCCUCGAUAUUUGUUUCGCCGCAAACCCGUUUCGCUUGUCCAAAGCGACGGAAAUGAGUGCGGUGGCGGUCUUUAGCAAGGAAGUCUGCAAGGGUGCGGGCGGAGAAAACGAAAAGUACUUACAUUCAUCUUUUUCUUUUCUUUCACUUUGCAUGAGAAAGUGUGUGUUUAUGCCCGCAGGAGCGACAUCAAAACCAAAGAUUUUUGAGAUGAAACGUUUGCGAAAUAAGAGCUGCAUAUCGAUAUCAUAUUAUCCGGCAAACACGACAUAAUUCACAGCAAACUAAUCACCACCUCGCUGGAGAUCGACGCGGAUGCCAAUCUCCAAAACGAGGCAAACAAGGACAACACCGCUGGUCAGUUCGGCCUGACGCCAACCGAGCUGGCGGCGAAGAAGGAAGAGCAAAAAACUUCGAAAUCCAACAGCGACCGCAAUUCUGUUCCCCCGCCCACCAACGCAGAUGCCAACUCGCUGACUGCCCGCAGCCGGCUGCAGUGGGUGAAGACGCAGAAUCGCAUCCAGUUCCCCUUCGACAGGCUUAUUUCGAAGUUUGGAGAGCUUGCCAAUUUUCUCACCAAGGACUGCAACCAAGAUGUUCCAGCAGGUACCUGGAAGAAGCUCUUCGGUUCGCCCGCAGAUGCGCGUGAUAGCAUUAAGCUCGGACUCAAGCACCAAAGCGCGAAUUGGAAUGGUGGGGAGCACACCCCAGAAACAUUCGAAACCCGACUACUGAUCCUGCGGGAGCUGCGCGCCACGUUCACGGAGCGGGUGGCCAUGACGGUGCACGACAUUGACAAGCUGCGCACCUCGGACAUUCGUUCGCGCGUGAGCCAGCAACUAGAACGGUUCGCCGCACGCCUGGAAAACAGCUGCAGCUGCAACAAGAACAAACUGCAGGACCGGGCGCAUUUGGAAGAGAUGGCGCGGAACACGCCCGGGGUGCAGGACGCGCUGAAGCAAUUCGGCCAAGACUCCGCUGCGAACAGCGUUCUGAAAGCCGAAGCGCAAACCGCUUUUUUCGUGGAGCAGAAGGUUUCUGCGAAGGGCGUUUUCGGCUCCAACGCUCUAGCGAACGUGAGUGGAGGAGCGGCUGGUGGUUUGACCAACAACAACUUUGACCAAACGAGCUUCGACGGAAGUUUUACUUCCGGCGCCCUGCAGACGGGAGGCACUAGCAGUUCUAGUACUGCUGAUGGCACGAAUGACGACCAACCGGGGGAGUUCUGCGGCUGCAAAGAUUUGAGUGACAAAAUGAACAGCUCCCUCGACGACGACAACUUCGACGACGCAGAGGACACUGCCGCUUGUCAGUACCGGCCGAACAAGGAGGACGAGCAGAGCGUCAUCAAGGAGUUCCUCCAGACCGUGGAACCGGCGAGGAUCCUCGCGAAAUUGGAAAGACUUUUCUACAACAAAAAGGAAAAUCCGGAAGUUGUCGUGCGAAUCGAAUUGGAGGAGUUAUUCCGACCGGAAGCCGGAGAAUUUUUCCCGUCGAGGGUCUCGAAUUUGUACCGCGCAAGCACGGCGGCCGACGUCCCGCGGCUGUUGACCGAUUUCGAGUAUUCUGAGUAAAAACGUCCCCACCACGGAGUUGUCAGGCAAAUCCGCAUGCCAAAAAAGUUUCUCAUGCGGAGCUCCAUGGUCGUGUUUUGGAAUUUGUGAUGCUAGAAUCAGCAUGAUGUGCCAGAUCUGUGAUGCUGCUUAAGUACCUCAAAAAGCACUACACUACGAGUCCAAAUUUGUCGUGCAAAACAGCCAAAACUUGUAGAUUUGUCUAGCAGCUUUCCCAUCUUGGCUCCGGUGUGGGGACGUUUUUGCCCAGGAUUUCGAGGACGAUUUGUUCGACCCGGAAGAAAAGGACGAAGAGUUGAAAGAGGCAAACAAGCAAACAACGGAGUUGAAAGUGCAGCAAAUGUUGGACAAAGCGGAGCUAAACGGCCGCGGGUUCUUCGCCGUGCAAUCCGCCUGGAAGAGCUACCGCAUCCGCUUGCUGCAGCAGCAAUUUUUCAAGGCUCUUUUGACCGCGUUCACUUCCGUGCAGAUUGGGCAGGUGUUCAUCUUGUCGCGGUUUUUGGAAAAGGAUUUUUUCCAACGCGCGAUGGACAAAAUAACCGGUAAAUUCGACAAGCACAACGGCGCCUAUCGGAACAAGAAGAAGAGAGAUUUGUCAACUCGGAUCGAGCGAGCGCUGCAAUCCACCCACCUCUCUAUGAUCGACGACUCCGCGGUGACGGCAGCGACGGACAUGGGUAUGAUUUUGGACAGGAACAAAGAGGACAAAAAAGAAACUCUGUUGUCCAACUUCAAGCGGCGGGUCGGGAAGGCGGCGUUUUUGUCCACGAUCGUGUUUUCGGACGAAAUCUGGUACAAGUCCCUGGACGAAACCAGCAACCAGCAGUUCCGCGCGCAGUCCAUGCUGUACGCCGGGAAGAAGGACGAAAACAAGGAUUUGCAGGAGAAAUGGGUCUUGUCCAUGCUGCAGGCCUACGGGGACCACUUCGACCGCAUGCGGAUGACCCAGACGGAGGCCAAGUUCAUGCAGCUGACGCACAAUAAAAAUCUCGAGAAGUUGAACGAACGGUUCCUAAACGCGCCGGCAGGCUCUUUCCUGAAGAUGAAGGGAAGCAGCAACAGCAAAGAUCAGCAGGAACUGCAGCUGUUAUCUAAAACGUGCUCCGAGGAGAACCCCUGCACGAUCGUCCUGGACUCCGAUUUGAUCGCGACGCGGGACGGCGCGGGCGUGACGGUCCGGGAGCUAAACGAAUUCUGGAAGUACGACGUCUCCGUAUCGACCGAAACAACCACGGGGAAGGACUACCACGGUGAGUUUGCGAAAACCCUGGACCAGCUGCGGGCCAAGUACCGGCUGGAGGAGGCCUACGUCGAUGGCGUGGCUCUGCAGGAGAUGGACUCGAGGAACAGUGGUGCUGACCGUCGGGUCCCCGUCAUCGUGAAGGCGCGCAAGCAAAAAUCGUCGGAAGUGAAACUGGACGACCAGAAGCUGCUGAUCAGCCGAGACGCAUUGAUCAAACCGAAUUCUUUGGUUUUGCGGGCGCAGGACGGGAAAGUCGGAGUGGUGGAGAAAAUCGUGAAAUCUUCGUUCAUAUCAAAUGUAAACAUGUCUGGGUCUGGGAGGAUGGAACUUGUGAUGCGUCCCGUGGGUCACACAAAAUAAAUCUGUCUUGCGUGAUCGCCAAAAGUUCUCCUUUUUUGACUUCUAACAUGGAGGGGAGUUUCUCAUGCAAGAUCGGCAUGAUAGAGACUUCGCAGAAUCUGUCAUGCUAGGUCCUGCAUUUCAGACCUCAUAAGGCAUGGAAAAUAUGCAUGACAAGUCUGCAUUCUUCCAGACCCAGACACUUUUGCAUUUGAUUUCUCACAAAAGGCGGCGCGUUGAAAGACGCAAUGCCGGCUGGGUUGUUGAAGAACUUGAAGACUAGUUUGAACUCCCCCCGCGCCGAGAGCUUUCUCCAAGAGAUGUUUGAAAAGGAGAAACUCGAUUUGCCGACUUUAUACGAUGUGAGCUGGUACGACGACAGUAAUGGAACACCCGAGGUACAACAGAAGACGGUGCGAUUGCUGCGUCAGGAAAUCGUCCCAAUUGUCGACGUCGACCCGGCGAUGGCGUUUGCCUUUGACAAGAAACAAGCUGCAGGUAGUGGCCAACAGCAGCAGCAAAACGAACCGCAAAUUCCCGCUGCGCUGUUGCAGGAGUUCACCCUUGCGUCCGCUUUGACGAAGAGCAUAGAUGAGAUGGACACGAGCAGUGAUGCCGAUUCCGCCGAGCACAAGUUCUGCCAAGAUUUGAUUCAACCGCUAGAACUGCCACCCGGUUCGCGCCUGCCACUCGCCGCCAAAAGUUACUCCUCGCAGCGGUUCAUGCUGAAGCUGUUCAAACUCCGCUACGAGAACUCCAACGUCGCCGGCUACGAGCAUUUGCCGCAGCACAAGAAAGCUUUUAUCCACACCGCGCUGCACGAGUUGCGGCGGCAGACCUGCACGCAUUUCUACGCGACGCUGAGCCACGGGAUCGACGCCCAGGAUUUGCACCGCCAUUUGGUCAUCGGCGGCACGGGGAGCAAUAAUUAAGGGUGUAAAAAAUUCAGCUCUGAGAACAGCUUUGAAAAUUCGGCCUGUGGGUUUUUAUUUUAGUGGCAGGGACUUUCAGAGCCGGCGCCAACAUAUAGUGGCGCCGCUAGCUCACUUCGAGCCCGAUUUCGCGCGCGGAAGGUCGCAAAUCGUGCGAAAGCGACUUUUCGCGCUGCAAAGCGUCUAUUUCGCGUCGUUUGCGAUGUUCUGCUUAUGUUCUUGGUGCCGUUGCCAGGAUUCUGCGCGCAGUUCGUCAUGACAUGACGAACUGCACACAGCAUGAGUUGGUGAAUGGGUUCCCGAACACGUCAAAAAACUACACAAAGAACACCACACAAAACGAGUCAAAGAACACUAUAAAGAACACUAUAAAAAACAACAUAAAGAAAAGACAGCGUUAGGUGCGGAUAAGCACUUCCAAAGAUCACCACUUUUUUGCGUUCAAAAAGCCGCGUUUCUGCGAUCAAAAAAAAGGAGCGGGCUUUUCUUCCUUUCGGGAGCGGGAAAUGGAACUUUCCCGACUCUCAAGUCGGCAAAGUUCCAGUUCCCGCUGCUGUAGCCUUCCCUUCAUGAACUUUCCAGCUCAGAGUAACUGCAGCGCUCAAUUGCAGGACUCGGGCUUGAAUUUUCAAAGAGAGGACGCUCCAGGACAACACGAACUGGAGCGCUCAAGAAAUGAAAGCCAUCGGAACGGGAGCUGGAACUUUACCGACUUGAAAGUCGAGGAAGUUCCAGCUCUCGUAUUUGAGAGGAACAAAAAAGUGGGCGCCAACGUCGUGCGCCGUCGUCUCCGCGGAGACGCGGCAGCACUACCUUUGCGGACAACUUGCGCCUUCGUCUCAAGUUGUUCUUUUUGGCAAUUUCGAGGUGCAAAAAGUGGCGCUUCUUGAAGUGCUUAUCCGCACCUAACGCUGUCUUUUCGGCGUAGUGUUUUUUAUCGUGUUCGGGUGCACUUUUUGAUAGCAUUCGGCAUAGUGUUUUUUAUAGUGUUCGGCAUGGUGUUUUUUAUAGUGUUCGGCAUGGUGUUUUCUAUAGUGUUCUUUGUCGCAGUCCGACUGCGACAAAGAAGACUCUCAAAAACACCUAUACCGAAAAGACAGAGUCGCUCUCGCUUAUCCCCACCUAACGCUGUGAUUUCUUUAUAGGGUUUUCGGACCCGUUUUCUGACCCAUGUUGGUGACCCAGUCAAAACGAGUCAAAAAAGUCACUUUUUUGUUGUAAAAAGUGUGGUUUUUUUUCAUGUGCUUUUUGCUGUUUCCAAAAAGGGUAUUUCUUCGGUCUUCUUGAAGGGGCUUUUUUUUUUUGCUUCAAAAGCUUGCAGCCUCUGGGGCUCAGCAAGCAAGGCGUCCGCUUCCUUUGAAACGAAGUAGGCGCCUGGGUAGCGCAGAUAAAAACUCCACGCCUCGCGAUUCCAUGUUCCUCACGCAUUACAAAUUCCAUGAAGAAUGAAAUUUGUAAUGCGCAAGCCAAAAGCUGAGGGAUGGAGUUUCGUCGUGCGGAGCCUUCGCAUUUGCGAACUCUCCUCGUCAUGUACUCCAAAUUGCCCAAGCGUCACAAAUUCCAUGGGGAAUGGAAUCUGUGACGUGCAAGCCGAAAACUGGAAGAAUGGACGUCUGGAAUGCGGAACCUUCGCAACUUUUUCACAGAAAAAGUGGCAAAAGAUGCGGCUUCCGGCACAUCACAAAAAGCUUUGUUUUGCGGGGUCAAAAGGUAGGGCUGCUCCUGAGUUGCUUACCCGCACCUAACGCUGUCUUUUCGGCGUGUUGUUUUUUAUCAUGUUCGGGUGCACUUUUUUAUGGCAUUCGUCAUAAUGUUUUUUAUAGCAUUCGGCAUAGUGUUUUUUAUAGCAUUCGGACUUGGUCGCGCAAAACGGUCUCCGAUGGCCACUCUCGGCCAGAUAAAGCGUCAUCGUGCACAGAUGGCGCGUUAUUCUGCACAAAUGACCCAAAAGAGCACAGAUGGGACGCCGCCGCGCGCAAAUGGCCAAGAACUACGCAGAUACUUCGCCUGGUCGCACGAGUAAGCAUCUCGGCCGCCUUUCUGGAUAUUUUAAAACAGUAGGCGCCGCGGGGUCUGAUCAUCGUGAGCCAUGACAAGACCAAUGAGACUGCUUCAAGAGGCGCGCGUAGUGUGGUCGAAAGGUUUUGCGCUUUCGGAAGUGCAAAGCUGCCCUCGGACGGUCCCGGAAGCGUUCAAUUAAGAAAUUUGGGAGCUGUUUCGGGAGCUGAGUUUUUUGCACCUUUAAAAUAAUGAUAAGAAACAGCCGCAGCAAAGGACCACCUCCAUGUCGGAAAAGGAUGACGCGUUACUUAUCCUAUCUAAAAACGUCCCCACCCCAUAGUUGUAAUGCAAAUCUGCAUGCUGAAAAUGUUUCUCAUGCGAAGCCCCAAGAGAUGCACUUUCUAGUCGUGUUUCGUAAUUUCUGAUGCUCCAGUCAGCAUUAUAUAUUAGAUCUGUGAUGCUGCUGAACUAGCUAAACAGGAUUACACUACGAGGCCAAGCUUGUCAUGCGGAACAGCCAAAACUUGUAGAUUUGUCUAGCAGAUUUCUCAUCUUGGCUAUGGGGUGGAGACGUUUUUCCUCAUGAUAUUGCUGGAGAGACUGCAAGCGCUGGACUCCCCCGACAUGAACAUUGUGGAGAACGACCGGUUUUCCGGCCCGAGGAACGCAGAAACGGUGAUAGAACGCUCGCUGAACAGUCUGAGACACGCCCAGGCCCAGGACAUGUACGGCCGGCUGCAUGAGGUGGGGGCGUUGCUCCCACUGCGAGCGAAAUUCACCAUGGACUACCACUACAGUUCGUUCUGGGAGGACGCGGAGGACCGCAUUGAAGCGAUGCGGGACAAAGUGGAGGACGCGAUCACGACAGUGGAUUAUCCCCUAGAAAAGACCGGCAGGUCAUAUUUGUAAUGCAAAAAUAAAUAGACAAAAAAACUCGUAUUGCAUGCCCUAAACAGCAUGCUAUGGCCUCGCCCAUGACAGAUUUUCCUGUGUAUUUAUUUUUGCAUUACAAAUAUGACCUGCCUGCUUUUUUCUGUGGGAUAUGGAUCCAAGCUUGAAGCGGAAGUUCCCGAAGUGGGUAAAGUACAUCUUGAAAACGCUGUAUCCUAUGUAAAAACGUCCCCACCCCAUAGUUGUCAUGCAAAUGCGCAAUGACAGGAACAUUUGCGAUCCGAAGCUCCAUGUUGAGAGGCAUUUCCAAUCGUGUUUUGGAAUUUGUAAUGCUGUAAACAGGAUGAGAAAAUGGCUUUCUCAUGCGGCUUGCCUUGCUAACCAGCGCUAAACUGCAGAGGCAAACUUGUCAUGCGCAACUCCCUAAAAUGGGAGAGGUUUCCUAUCUUGACUAUGAAGUGGGGACGUAUUUACUCAGGAUACGCUGCUCCCGGUGGUAAAAGACGUGUGGGCCAGCGAUCAAACUGACAUGGACUUGGACAAAAUGAUCGAGCUAUCCUAUGGAAAAACAUCCCCACCCCAGAGUUGUCAUGCAGAUUUGCAAGCACAGGAGCAUUUGUAAUGCGCAUCCCCAUGAGAGGCAUUUCAUAUCGUGUUUCGGAACUUGUAAUGCUGCAAACAGGAUGAGUAGAUGGAUUUGUUAUGCGGCUUCGCUUGCUAAGCUGCACUACAGUACAGCAUGCAACUUGUCAUGCGUGACCCCCAAAACUUCAAGGUUUGUGUUGCAGAAUCCCGAUGAUCUUGACUCUGGGGUGGGGACGUUUUUGCACGGGAUACGGGCACGUGCUGCAGAAGGUGAAAGGGGACAUCGGGCAGCUGAAGCUGGAGCCGUAUUUGAAGAUUGACGACACAAAAUCCGUCCGCAACGCGAUGGAGGAAAAGGCGAAAGAGGCGGGUUUGGACCAGGAUGACGAGGGGAAGGAGCACAAGAAGACUUUGAUCAAAUUCUUGGAAAAGGAGAUGGGGCUGAAGCGCAUAUUCCACCUCAAAUCCCCCCGGUACAUCUUGCACGCAAUGCUGAUCGCGAUCUUCGGUGUGGUGCAGUUGGCGAUCAGUUUCAUCCCGUAUUUGGCGCCGAUAUCGGAGAUUUUGCGGGAAGAGGGAGUGAAUGACAUCGCGUUCGCGAUUGACGCCUUCAUGAAGGGGGAUUGUCCCCACAUCAAGCGAUGGUUCAAGAACACGAAGCUGCCGUCUGUUUGCCAAACCGUGUUCCAGCUGGGCUUGACUGGUAGGGUGCAGGACAGCGACAAUGGCGGCGGGUGGGGCGCGUUUAACGCCGACAAGCCCCUGGAGGGACUGCCGGGGAUGAACGGCUUCGCAGGCAUCGCUGGUGGCGGCGGCGCCGGCGCGGCGGGCGCCGGUGGUGCAGCAGCGGGUGGGGGCGC